UCCACCACGCUCUGCUCUGCAGGAUAGUGGUCUAGUAGUCUAGUAGUGUUUGCAUAAAUGUGUGUCGGUGCAGAAGAAGAAGUGAACUAAGCAGAGUGAGGAGCCCGUGGACACAGAGGGCAACAUUAAACAGACUCCUCGUCCUAUUUGAACUUUAUUUUGGGAACUGACAUGGCAAAAGGGAAGAAAAGUGUACUGAGAACCGAGAAAAAGCCCCAGGACACAGUUGAACAUAAAGUCUCCUCAGGGAAGGACACAAAGGAAAACAAACCAGCAACUAACAAGGAUUCUGUAGUUACAGUGCCGUCAAUUUUACAAAGUCUACAGAGUGCAAGCAAACCUAGAUCCCCACUGAGUGACAGUUCAAGCAUGCUGAUCCAGGAAGGAAAUGAAUCGGGUGCAACUAAUCCUGACAUGCCAAAGUUAAAAAAAGACAUACCUAAUGAAAUAAAAUCUGAGAGUUGUGAGUCCAAAGAGCAGAAGCCUGAAACGGCUUGUCACAGUCAUGAGAUCAGAGAACAAGCCACUGACCAACUUGAGCAGAAAGAGUCCACCACGCACACAAACGCCAGGUCUGCAGCAGACAUCAAAGUUUCAGCUCCCAAACCACGGAGUAAAACUGGUCGCAAACUCGGAGCAAAAAAGACGGAGAAUAAAGCUCCUCAAAACAGAAAGGUCACAGACUAUUAUCCCAUCAGACGGAGUAAUAGAAAAACUAAGACAGAGUUAAAGAGUGAAGAGCACAGACACCUUGAUGAUCUGAUAAAGAAUGACAUUGAAGAAGGAAUGCAGAUCAAAAACAUCGAAGGAAAAGGAAGAGGGAUAUUUGCUGCCAAGAGCUUCAAAAAGGGCGAGUUUGUCGUGGAGUACCAUGGAGACCUACUGGAACAAGCAGAGGCUAAAAUAAGAGAGGCCAAGUACGCUCUGGAUCCCCAAAAAGGCUGUUACAUGUACUACUUCCAGUAUCAAACCAAAACCUACUGUGUGGACGCUACAGAGGAAACAAGCCGUCUUGGAAGACUGAUCAACCACAGUAAAGCUGGAAACUGCCAGACUCGGCUUCACGCCAUCGAUGGAACCCCUCAUCUGAUCCUGGUGGCUUCCAGAGACAUCGACUCAGAGGAAGAGCUGCUGUAUGACUACGGUGAUCGGAGUAAAGCCUCCGUCUUGGCUCACCCAUGGCUCAAAUACUGAAUCCUCGAUCACAAGUGUUUAUAUUUUCAGAUGAAUUGGUUCUCAACAAGCUUUUUUAUGAAGUAUAAAGAAUGUUAUUGUUUUAAAUGGGGGCUAAUGCAUCAACCCAAUGUAUUUUUGCAACUGUUGUUUUUAUCGUGGUUUUAUUUGAUUUUUUUUAAUCUAAUUGUAGCCAACUGAUGCAAGCUUGAAGGGUAUUUCUUCUGGAUAUUUAGUGUUUCACAUUCACCAUGGGGUUUCCUUUUGUAAUGACUAUAAUUGACAAAUCAAUUUCACUAUUGUAAAUUAUUAUACCGGUGCUUUAAAUUAAGGAAUAAAACCGAGUUUUCAUUCCA